AUGGAUAUUGAUUUUAUUCACCUUGAUUUUGAUGAAGGUCAAGAUGAAUUAAUAAAAAUCGCAAGAGAUCUCCUAAGACCUUUCCGAAACAGAUACAUAAGAUCUCUUGCGAUUUUUGUGCCAAAACAAGUGGGUAGCUCUGGUAUGAAGAGAAAACGAAAUUCUGGGGAUGUUACAAAUAAAAGGGCUAAACGCCAAUAA